CCAGGGUAAGGAGUGGAUUGACAUCAAGAUGCUCUCUAUCUCGUUGCAGACUUUUGCAAGUGCUAGCACAGUGACGCUGCCUGAAACCUUGUUGUUUGUUUCAACCCUGGAUGGAAGUUUGCAUGCUGUCAGCAAGAGGACAGGCUCGAUCAAGUGGACUUUAAAAGAAGAUCCAGUCCUGCAGGUCCCAACACACGUGGAAGAGCCUGCCUUCCUCCCAGAUCCCAAUGAUGGCAGUCUGUACACACUUGGAGGCAAGAACAACGAAGGCCUAACAAAACUUCCCUUUACCAUCCCAGAAUUGGUUCAGGCCUCCCCAUGCCGAAGUUCAGAUGGAAUUCUCUACAUGGGUAAGAAGCAGGACAUUUGGUAUGUUAUCGACCUACUGACUGGCGAGAAGCAGCAAACUUUGUCAUCAGCAUUUGCAGAUAGUCUCUGUCCAUCAACUUCCCUUCUGUAUCUUGGACGGACAGAAUACACCAUCACCAUGUAUGACACCAAGACCCGAGAGCUCCGCUGGAAUGCCACCUACUUUGACUACGCAGCCUCACUGCCUGAGGAUGACAUGGACUACAAGAUGUCCCACUUUGUGUCCAAUGGCGAUGGGCUGGUGGUAACUGUGGACAGUGAAUCUGGGGAUGUCUUGUGGAUCCAAAACUAUGCCUCUCCUGUGGUGGCCUUCUACGUCUGGCAGCGGGAGGGCCUGAGAAAGGUGGUGCACAUCAACGUUGCUGUGGAGACUCUACGCUACUUGACCUUCAUGUCCGGGGAAGUGGGGCGAAUCACUAAGUGGAAGUAUCCAUUCCCCAAGGAGACAGAGGCCAAGAGCAAACUGACGCCUACCCUGUACGUUGGGAAGUACUCCACCAGCCUCUAUGCCUCUCCCUCAAUGGUGCACGAGGGGGUUGCUGUUGUGCCCAGAGGCAGCACUCUUCCUUUGCUGGAAGGUCCCCAGACAGAUGGCGUCACCAUUGGAGACAAAGGAGAGUGUGUGAUCACUCCCAGCACAGACCUCAAGUUUGACCCUGGACUCAAAGGGAAGAACAAGCUGAACUACUUAAGGAAUUACUGGCUUCUCAUAGGACACCAUGAAACUCCUCUGUCUGCAUCUACCAAGAUGCUGGAGAGAUUUCCCAACAACCUGCCCAAACAUCGAGAAAAUGUGAUUCCUGCUGAUUCAGAAAAAAGGAGCUUUGAGGAAGUUAUCAACCUAGUUGGCCAGACUUCAGAAAAUACACCGACCACCAUGUCUCAGGAUGUAGAAGAGAAGCUGGCCCAUGCCCCCGCCAAGCCUGAGGCCCCCGUGGACUCCAUGCUCAAGGACAUGGCUACUAUCAUCCUGAGCACCUUCCUGCUGGUUGGAUGGGUGGCGUUCAUCAUCACUUACCCCCUGAGCAUACACCAGCAGCGCCAGCUCCAGCACCAGCAGUUCCAGAAGGAACUGGAGAAAAUUCAGCUCCUUCAGCAACAGCAACUGCCCUUCCACUCACCCGGAGACCUUACCCAGGACCCUGACUUCCUGGAUUCAUCUGGCCUCUGCUCAGAGAGCUCAGGCACCAGCAGCCCCAGCCCAUCCCCCAGAGCCUCCAACCACUCCAGCAGCUCUGCCUCCAAGGCUGGCACCAGCCCCUCCCUGGAGCAGGAUGAUGAGGAUGAGGAAACAAGAAUGGUGAUUGUUGGGAAAAUUUCAUUCUGCCCCAAAGAUGUCCUGGGCCAUGGAGCUGAGGGCACAAUUGUAUACAAAGGCAUGUUUGACAACCGUGACGUGGCUGUGAAGAGGAUCCUCCCUGAGUGCUUCAGCUUUGCAGACCGUGAGGUCCAGUUGCUUCGAGAAUCAGAUGAGCACCCAAAUGUGAUCCGUUACUUUUGCACAGAGAAGGACCGGCAGUUCCAGUACAUUGCCAUUGAGCUGUGUGCAGCCACCCUGCAAGAGUAUGUGGAGCAGAAGGACUUUGCCCACCUUGGCCUAGAGCCCAUCACCUUGCUUCAGCAGACUGCUUCAGGCCUGGCACACCUGCAUUCUCUCAAUAUUGUUCACAGGGACCUGAAGCCCCACAACAUUCUCCUCUCCAUGCCCAACGCACACGGCAGGAUCAAGGCCAUGAUCUCUGAUUUUGGCCUCUGCAAGAAGCUGGCAGUGGGCAGGCACAGUUUCAGCCGCCGUUCGGGGGUACCUGGCACUGAAGGCUGGAUUGCCCCAGAGAUGCUGAGUGAAGACUGCAAGGAGAACCCUACCUACACAGUGGACAUCUUCUCUGCAGGCUGUGUCUUUUACUAUGUCAUCACUGAGGGCAACCAUCCUUUUGGCAAGUCCUUGCAGCGGCAGGCCAACAUCCUCCUGGGCGCCUGCAGCCUUGACUGCUUCCACUCAGACAAGCACGAGGACGUCAUUGCUCGUGAAUUGAUAGAGAAAAUGAUUGCAAUGGAUCCCCAGCAGCGGCCCUCUGCAAAGCACGUGCUCAAACACCCGUUCUUCUGGAGCCUGGAAAAGCAGCUCCAGUUCUUCCAGGAUGUGAGUGACCGCAUAGAAAAGGAGUCCUUGGACGGCCCAAUAGUAAGGCAGUUGGAGAGAGGUGGGAGAGCUGUAGUGAAGAUGGACUGGCGGGAGAACAUCACUGUCCCCCUGCAAACAGAUCUGCGCAAAUUCAGAACCUAUAAAGGUGGCUCUGUCAGAGAUCUCCUCCGAGCCAUGAGAAAUAAGAAACACCACUACCGAGAGCUCCCUGUGGAGGUUCAGGAGACACUGGGUUCCAUCCCUGAUGACUUUGUACGCUACUUCACUUCACGGUUCCCCCACCUCCUCUCACACACCUACCAAGCCAUGGAGCUGUGCAGACAUGAGAGACUCUUCCAGACCUACUACUUGCAGGAGCCCACAGAACCCCAGCCUCCAGUGACUCCAGAUGCCCUCUGAGCUGGGGCAGCCCCUCUGGUCUGGUGGCCCCAACAGUGACAUGGGCCUGAUCUCUGCAGUCAUGGUUUGCUGCCUCGGGGAUUAGCAGGAAGACUAAGCUUCUCAAACCAAGUGCCUUGAGCUGCUGAUCUGCAGCCAGAAGAGGAUAAUGCUGAUCCUAGGAAGCCGGAGAGGUGGCCCCUCAUGACUACAGAGACCUGAAGAGAUGUGGCCCUGAAACCUCAUAGUCAGGAAUGUCUACAAAGCUGGGCCUGUCCCAGAGGCUGCAAAAGGAGCAACAUCACCCUUUUACUGGAGGAGCUUGCUUCCCUUUCACUGGAUGCACUCACUUCCACUUCUGUUUCUUUCUAAAAUUCCGGUGGGAUGGCAGUUUGGGGGCCUUUCAGUGAGGGAGUGGAGGAAUCUGGUUUUGCCUACAUGCUAGAAGCAGCCUGGCUGGGGUACAGCAAAUGCAGCCUCUGCUAGAAAUGGUGUGAGAGAUGUGGGCUGCUAAGGAGAGGACGUUCAGAGGAGGUGUCGUGGGGAUAGGAAGCACCUCCAAGUUACUGGUAGCUUGUGUUGCCUCGUGCAGCAAGUUGUUAAGUGUGGAGCAUAGGGCAUGGAGACUAGUUAGCAAUGCCUGUGGGCAGCUGAGGUCUGUCCGAGGGUCUCGAAGAUGAAGAGGACACUUGGUCCUGGAUGCAGUGCUGGCCCCGCACAAACGGCCUACAUAGCGGCCCCUGAUGGGGUGAGUCCUGGCCAUCUGGGCCAGAAAUGAAGCGUUCCCUGGCCGCCAGGAGGCAGUUAAGGCCAGACAGGGACAG